UUACUUGAGACGGAAGAGAAGGCCGAGAAACGCCGAAACCGCUCAUAAUUUAAGAAGGCGCAAGGAGCAAGUAAGCAAGUCGGACAUCUUAAUCUGUGUACGCGAGGAAGAUAUUUUUGAUUGCUUAAAUAAUUUCGUCGCAAAGGAGUGUUGGCCUGCAUCUGGCCAGACAGAGCCACCCAUCCAGUUUAACCCAGAGGGCUCCAGGCUACAUCAGUCUGACCAGCAUACCUAAAGGACUCUAGUUCUUUGUUGUUUCUUGGUGUCCCUGUGGCCCGGCUCGAGUGUCUCCUCAGGCACCAUGGCAGGUCGACCCAACGGGCCAACUGCAGGGAACAAAAUCUGCCAGUUCAAACUGGUGCUUCUGGGCGAGUCGGCCGUGGGCAAGUCCAGUCUGGUGCUGCGCUUCGUCAAGGGCCAGUUCCACGAGUACCAGGAAAGCACCAUAGGAGCUGCAUUCCUCACACAGACAGUAUGCUUGGAUGACACGACAGUGAAGUUUGAGAUUUGGGACACAGCUGGCCAGGAGCGCUACCACAGUCUGGCCCCCAUGUACUACAGAGGUGCCCAGGCUGCCAUCAUAGUCUACGACAUCACUAACACAGACACAUUCAUGCGAGCGAAGAACUGGGUGAAGGAGCUGCAGAGACAGGCGAGCUCCACCAUCGUCAUUGCCCUGGCAGGGAACAAGGCUGACCUUGCCAGCAAGCGCGCCGUCGACUUUCAUGAGGCCCAGGCGUACGCUGAUGACAACAGCCUGCUGUUCAUGGAGACGUCUGCCAAAACUGCAGUAAACGUUAAUGAGAUCUUCAUGGCCAUCGCUAAGAAACUGCCCAAGAAUGAGCCUCAAGGUGGUGUUGGGACCAGUGGGCGGGGCCGGCCAGGAGUGGACCUACAAGACUCCACCCCUCAGGCCUCCACUGGCAAGUGCUGUGGUGGAAAUUAAAUAAUUAAUUAAAUUGAUCAAUUAAGCAAUUACAAUGAAUGGUCCAAACGAUAACCUUGAAAACAAGCACAGUUUAUCCGCUGGAGAGAUGUCGCACUUAGAGAGAGUUUCAGAAUUUUUUUUAAACAGCAAUUUUCUAAAAUCAUAAGCUAGAGAGAAAAAAACACACCCCUUAUUCGCUCGC